CACCACUUGCGCAGCACCUCCGCCGCCGUCGUUGACGGGUGUGACUUGCGCGACCUCCCCGUGACUCGAGCUUCCCAAGUCUCCCUCCCAUCGCCCAUCGCCCUCAAAGCCCUGCUGCCUCCGUCUCUUGCCCCUUCUAAUAUCCAUCGCCAGGCUACCGCGCCUUCUCCUCUGCAGCUUCUCAGCUCUUUUGCGACGGCUCAGCAACGCGUUGGGUCUGCCUGUCGCGCAUCGUUGCACAGCUCUUGCGCACAGUCACACUCAUCUUAUCGACAUUGUUGCCUUCACAGUUCACGUCCUCACGUCGCUGCCACCCCCCGCUGAUCCACCCAACGACCCUUCCAGGCACUCGCCCCAGCUGCCUGUAGAGCAGUCAGGCGUCAUGGCGCCCCGCGAGAAGAGCCAAUUGAAGCGUGGCCGAGAGUCCGCUGGUAGUCACGAUGAUGAUCUGUCCAAGAAGCCCCGGCGCUCCGAACGGAUAUCGCAUACGAACAAUAACAACAAGCCCGAAGAACACCUAAAGACCCCAAUAACCAAGAACCGGCAAAAGCUGCCUUCUCCCGUCACCAACCUCGAAUCGUCCGACGAGCUCCGAAAGGAGGCAACCGUGGAGCCUCCAGAAGGCCGGCCAAGCCAGAUUACCCAUCAGUCACCCGACGAGGCAGUCUCUCAGUACGGCUUCUCCUCGCCGCCACAGGAUACCCAAGCUUUUGCAGCAUCCCAGUUUGUGGACCCUGACGCUGCCCUGUCGGAGGAGGUUGCAGAUGAGGCAAAGGAAGGAGUCUGGGGCUAUCUCCUACCUCUAGACACUCGAUACGGGCGCUGUGUAGUACUGAAGAAGCGCUCGAGCUGCCCAUUGCCAGAGACAGUUGGCGCGACCAAGACAGUCAAGCAGAGCAAGGAGAAAAGCCCAUUACCAGAGGAGACAACGUAUGAAAAGUCCAAGGUUGGUGGCAUUCCAGCCGGCGGCUACUUGAUCGGGCGCCAUCCAGAGUGCGAUAUUGUGGUGGACGAUCCGGUGGUCUCAAACCGGCACUGCCUGCUGUUCACUGAAAACAAGGGAAAGGACACAGUCACCGUACUCGAGGAUCUUUCCAGCAACGGCACAUUUGUCAACGAGGCCAUUGUCGGGCGCAACCAGCGUCGCGAGCUGCAAGAGCUAGACGAAAUUGCGGUGAAUGACAAAGCCCGCUUCAUCUUCCGCUACCCGAGAAGCCGGUCCUCAUCCGGGUUCCUGCAGCAGUACACCCUGCUGGAGCGUCUGGGCAAGGGCCACUUUGCAGAGGUCUUCCUCUGCGUAGAGAAAUCUACAGGUCAACGCUUCGCAGUCAAGGUCUUUGCCAAGACUCCGGGUAUGGAAGAUCGAUCCAAGACCGAUGGCCUGCAGCAGGAAAUCGCUGUCCUCAUGAGUGUGGCGCAUCCAAACGUCCUCUGCUUGAAGGACACAUUCAACGAGAAGAAGGCCGUUUAUCUUGUUCUUGAAUUGGCACCAGAAGGCGAAUUGUUCAACCACAUUGUCAUGAAACAGAAGCUGAGCGAAGAUGCAACCCGGUUCUUGUUUAAGCAACUGUUCCAGGGCAUCAAGUACCUGCACGAUCGGAACAUCGUCCACCGUGACAUCAAGCCUGAAAAUAUCCUGCUCGUUGACAAAGACUUGCAUGUGAAGCUUGCCGAUUUUGGAUUGGCCAAGAUUAUCGGCGAAGAAUCCUUCACCACCACUCUUUGUGGUACACCUAGCUAUGUUGCGCCAGAAAUCCUGGCCAAGGGCCGGCACCGGAAGUACACAAAGGCUGUCGAUGUAUGGUCGCUGGGUGUAGUGCUGUACAUCUGCCUGUGCGGCUUCCCACCAUUUUCUGACGAGCUCUACUCGCGCGAGUUUCCAUACACGCUCUCCCAACAGAUUAAGAAUGGCCGUUUCGACUACCCCUCACCAUACUGGGACUCUGUAGGCGACCCGGCCUUGGAUUUGAUCGACUGCAUGCUUGUUGUUGAUCCCGAGAAGCGCUACACUAUCGACCAGUGCCUGACACAUCCGUGGCUCACACAAAAGACACCUGGUGUCGCGGACAGUACUGAUGGCCUAGUGGCCGGUAUUGGAGGCCUUGAGGUGCAUCGCCGCGGUGUCGCCCGCGAGAGGACACUGCUGAGCUCCAUAAACUCUGUGCAGGUCACGCGCCAGAUCGAUCUGCCGAAAUCGGGCCAGCUCAAAGUCUAUGCGAAGAACCCGACUGCAGCCGACAAGACCAACGCCACGCCUGGUGAGGCGCGCCCAGACGAUAAGCGGGCGGCGCAGGAGUUCAUGGAACUGGGUGGUAAGGGCGACCAGCAGCUAUUUGGGGACGAUGCAGCGAGCUUUUAUACAAAAGAGGAGGCGGAGCAGGCCAAGGCACAGAAGACGAUGACAAACGGCAACUGAACAACAAGUGCCCGGAUAUAGUGGUCCUGCGCAAGAAGUCGUGAAUAGGUUGUGACGAGCACACGAAGCUCCAUCACCGCCAGCACGGCAUGCCAGGAGGAGUUGUGGUAAUGCUUUUUUCUCUCUCUCUCCCUCUCUGUCUUCCAGCAAAUCACGGGUGCACAACAUUCCAGGCUUGGAUGUGGUUUGCGUGUUUUCCCGGGGGGCG